AAUCUGAGUUACCAUCGAUGAUCAUUAGAGUGCUGCUCUCAGGAAACGCACUAUUUCCAAGUUCUACGGUUUGAUCGGAGAACGAAUCCGCCAAAAUCAACCGAUUAUGGGCUGACCUCUUUGAAACUGCCUUCUCUACAUACUACGAGACCAUCCACAGGUAUGAGACGAACAGGCUACGAAACAUUGCUCGGUUUUUCGGCCAUAUGCUUAGCUCCGAUGCCAUCGGUUGGCAUGUCUUGUCUAUCGUCCACCUCAACGAAGAAGAGACCACGUCCAGUAGCCGUAUCUUUAUCAAGAUUCUCUUUCAGGAUCUUGCUGAGGUGCUUGGAAUGGCCAAGCUCCAGGAGCGGUUGAGAGAUCCGAUUCUCCUCCCCAGCUAUGAAGGGAUAUUCCCAACUGAUAACCCUCGCAACACCCGUUUCUCCAUCAACUACUUUACCAGUAUUGGAAUGGGUGUCCUCACUGAAGAGAUGCGUGAGCACCUCAAAAAUAUACCCAAGCCAACCGUACCAGCCAUACAAGCCCCUGAAUCCGACUCCGAGUCCGUCAGCUCUUACUCCAGCUACAGCUCACGCAGUCGGUCAUCUCGCUCCCGGUCACUCUCCCGUUCUCGAUCCCCGUCCCGUGGCCGGCGUAGUGUGCGCGGGAGAUCAGCAUCAUACUCCCUUUCUCGCUCUCGUACCCCCUCAAGCAGAUCUAGAAGCCCGUCUCGGAGACGCCGCAGAAGCUCCUCGAGGUCAAUAUCACCAACCCCUCCUCCACAACGCCGAGCUAGACGUGCAUCUUCGUACUCCCGCUCUCCAUCUGCAUCCGCAUCACCGCCUCCCCGCACCCGAACCAGAAGGUCAUACUCGCGCUCCCCUUCUCGCUCCGUUACUCCUCCCCGGUAUCGCCGUGGCCGGGGAAACGAGUCACGUUCUAUCUCACGAUCUCCUUCACCUCAUCCCCGUCGAACCACUAAGGCGAGGGGACGCAGCUUUUCACGUUCACCCACUCCUCCUAGACGUGGCACAGCUCGACGCCGUAGCUACUCUCCGUCACGGUCACCAUCUCCUCGGCGUGGUCGAGCAGGUCAAAGGGCCCGGUCUGUCUCUAUGUCCCGGUCAAGAUCGAGGUCGAGGUCGGUAUCGAUGUCUCGAUCUCCACCUCCGCGGGGCCAUGACAGGUACAAUAGCCGAGAUGCAGUCCCCGAGUCUUCGUCUGCCCGGGCUCGUGCCUCGGAUUACCUGUAG